AUGGAAGCUGGGAGCACGUCUCUAGCAAGGCUAAGAAGUCGAAGUGCGAGCCGACUUAGAUUAGGUUAUGCAAUUGCCACGCAACCCCAGACCCCUUCUGGACCCUAUCUCCUGUCCAAUUAUCUCCGGGCUCCAGGGAGUGCGGCACUUGAGAAUGCUCCAAAAGUGGAAAUUGGCCCGAAACAAGAUGGAGCGGCGAGCCGACUUUGGUGGCUGGGCUGGAACAAGGUGCAAGGAACGGGG